AAGUUGUCCUUAAAACUGGUUAGAAGGCAAGUACAAGAGCAGUUCCCAGAUGUUUAGGCAAAUCCUGUGAAUUAGCUUACGCGCAAAUUAGCAGUAAUAGCCAUUGAAUAGGCGGGACUUUUUCGAAACUUUCCCCCUCAAAAUAUCUCUCCUCCACCCACAGUAUUUUUCACUCUUACCAAAACCCUAACCCGCCAAUAGAGUAGGAAGAAAAAGGGGAUGAAGGAUAAGAUGGUAAUAGCAUUAAUUAGGAAUUAGCGCUAGUUUAAAAGGGGGCAUGUUAGCCGAAACAGGUAGUUUUACGUAACUUUUUGUUUUUGUUGGGGAGCCAAAACGUCUGCAUCGUCGUUUCGAGGAAAGGGAGGAUAGUAGUAGUAAUACAAGGAGGAGAAGGGGAGAGUGAAAAUAAGGGAAUUUGAGAAAGUGCGAUUUGACUAUUAUGGAGGAAACUAUUGAGAAGAAGGAUACUGAGGCAAAGAUUGCGGAUAAUAUACAUCUUAAAGAAGAUGAAGGGAUGGUUUUGAAUGAGGUUGUUAAACCAAAAGGAAAAAGAGGGAGACCCCCCAACAAAGAUAAGGAAAAAGAAAGAUUGGAUGAAAACAUUGAAUCUGGAGAAAAACAGACUUGUAUCAAGAAAAGCAAAAAUCUCAAUGGAAAAGAAGAGGAAAUUGAUAGCAAGAAAGAAGGGGAGAAGAUUGAUUCUGAUAAAGUGACUACUACACAUAGGCCAAUGAGGUCGUCAAGUCAAAAAGCUAUUAAGAAGUUAAGUGAAUAUACGCAGCAAAUGACCGAAUGGGAUGAAGAAGACCGUAAUACUCGUAAGAAAAGAAAGGGUCAAGGUAGGAAGCGUGCCAUGAAAACACAAGAAGAGAUUGGUGAUACUGAGAAAAUUGCAAUGAGGUUGAAAGAGAAUGGUGGAGAUUCUGAUAGUAGUAGAGAGGAGGGUAAUGGGAGUAAAAAACAUAGGGCUGAGGGAGAAGAGGAAGUGGAAGGAUCAGAUUCUGGAAGAUAUUCUAUGCGGCAAAGGAAAGAUAAUGCAUCAAAUCCCCGUGCUAGAAAGAGGAAGGAUGAGAAUGGUAAUGAGAUUUUAUCAAAUAUGUGUCAUCAGUGCCAGAGGAAUGACAAAGGAAGGGUUGUUCGCUGCACCAGCUGUAAAACAAAGCGAUACUGCAUUCCUUGCAUGACCACAUGGUACCCUGGGAUGCCCGAGGAGGCUUUUGCAGAGUUUUGUCCUGUUUGUCGUCAAAACUGUAAUUGCAAAUCAUGCUUGCGUUUGGAUGGGCCAAUAAGGGCUUUGAAGAUCUCACAAUGUGAGAUUAGCAAAGAAGAAAAGUUUGAAUAUUCUAAAUUCAUUUUGCAAAAACUUUUGCCUUUCUUGAGAAGAUUUAGUGCAGAGCAAGUGAUGGAGAAGGAAACUGAAGCUAAGCUUGAAGGAUUACAAGUGUCAGAGUUAACGCUGCGGAAGGCAAAGUGUCAGAAGAAUGAGAGAAUGUACUGCAACAACUGCAAAACAUCCAUUUUUGAUUUCCACAGAAAUUGUUCUAGCUGUUCCUAUGAUCUUUGCCUUUCUUGUUGCCGGGAGCUUAGAGAUGGUCACCUUAAGGGAGGCAAUAAAGAAGUCAUCAUGGACUUCGUUGACAAGGGGGUUGCGUAUUUGCAUGGAGCUGAUCCUGUAUCAGAUAACCAAACUGGAACUUCAAGAAGGCGUAGAUCUUCCAAGAAGAUGGUUGAAAAUGAUUCGGUAGGCAAUGCCAGGUUUGCGUUUGAAAUGGAGCCUGGGGAUAAUGGAGGGCUUCUGCUAGAGAAUUCUGGUGGUCAUGCUGGUGAAUGGAAAUCCAAUGAAGAUGGUAUCAUCCCUUGUCCACCACAGAAUUUUGGUGGUUGUGGUAAGGGAGUUUUAGAGCUGAAGUACCUGCUGGAUAAGACAGAAAGUCUCUCUGAGUUGUUGGCAAGAGCUGAAGAUAUUGCCAAAAGAUUUGAAUUGGAACACAUGCCUGAGAUACCUCAGGGACCAUGCUGCUGUAGUAAUUCAGUGGAUGAAAAUGAUAUCCAGAAAAGCAAACUGUGUAAAGCAGCAUCUCGUGAUGGUUGUGAUGACAACUAUUUAUACUGUCCAGCAGCUAAAGAUCUUCAGCGGGAGGAUCUGAAGCAUUUCCAAUGUCAUUGGCUGAAAGGUGAGCCUGUGAUUGUCCGCAAUGUGCUUGAGACUGGGUCAGGGUUAAGCUGGGAGCCCAUGGUUAUGUGGCGAGCCUGUCGCCAGAUAAAGAACUUAAACCACCCUCUUCUUUUGGAUGUCAUUGCUAUCAACUGCUUAGAUUGGUGUGAGGUAGAAGUUAACAUCCACCAGUUUUUUAAGGGAUAUUUGGAAGGUCGAAUUGAUAAUGCUGGCUGGCCCCAGAUUCUGAAGUUGAAAGAUUGGCCUCCAUCUGAUUUAUUCGAUGAACGAUUACCUCGUCAUGGCGCGGAGUUUGUUAGAAGCUUGCCUUUUAAGGAGUACACAAAUCCCCAAAGUGGCUACCUAAAUCUUGCUGUCAAACUGCCAGACAAUUCGUUGAAGCCCGACAUGGGACCAAAGACAUAUAUUGCUUAUGGAGUUCCUCAGGAGCUAGGGCGUGGAGACUCUGUGACUAAGCUGCAUUGUGAUAUGUCUGAUGCGGUGAAUGUGUUGACACAUACUCAAGCAAUAAACCUGUCGCAGGAGCAACUUUUAAAAAUGGAAAAAGUGAAACAAAAACAUGCUGACCAAGAUAAAAAGGAACUUCAGAUGGCUGAGGACGAGAAAAAAUGCAAAAACGAAGCAUCAUCUGAGUUGAUUGAUGACCACUCUGUGCACAGUGGCAGAUGUAGUAGAAGAGAUGAAGAAAAAAUUGAUCAAUUUAAAGUUCAAAGAUUGAGUAGUGAACCAGAUUGUGGCAAUCAGUCAAUUAUUCCCUCUGCUUCUUGUGUGGAACCAGAGGGAGAUACUGGUGCUGACAUGGUAAUAAAUGGUGCAAUCAAUUCUACUAGCAAUUGUGAAGCAAGUGGAGGAAUUAAAAUUGACAAUGAUAAAAGUGACGAGUGCAAAGAUAAUCCCGUGUUUGAAAAAAAUGAAGUAUUUGAGGAUAUAGAAGGGGGUGCGCUCUGGGACAUCUUUAGAAGGCAAGAUGUUGCCAAGUUGGAGGAAUAUCUCCUGAAGCACUUCAAGGAAUUCAGACAUAUCUAUUGUUGCCCGGUCCCACAGGUUAUUCACCCUAUACAUGAUCAAACAUUUUAUUUGACUGAGGAUCACAAAAGGAAGCUUAAGGAAGAGUAUGGAGUUGAACCGUGGACCUUUGUUCAAAAAUUGGGGGAUGCAGUUUUUAUACCUGCGGGCUGUCCUCAUCAAGUUAGAAACUUGAAGUCCUGUAUAAAGGUUGCUCUUGACUUUGUGUCUCCCGAAAAUCUUCAUGAAUGCAUCCGAUUGACUGAAGAGUUCCGUACACUUCCCCAAAAUCACAGAGCCAAGGAGGACAAGUUGGAGGUGAAGAAAAUGAGUAUUCAUGCAGUGAGAGAAGCUCUUGCUGAAUUAGAACAAAAGGAUUUGACUGGCGAGAAUGAGAAAGAAAAGUAUACAGUUAUGGAAGAUGAUAGAGAAAUUUCAGGAGAUGAUCAGAAUGGGAUUUGCCAGGAUUUAAAAGAUGACAAGACAAGAUUCAACAGAACGUCUCAGUAGCUCGAAGGAGGAUUUUGAAAUGAAAUGACAAAGGCUCUGAGUGUGAAAAAACACUGUGGAUUAUGAAAAUAUAGGAUUAUCCAAGUUUGGCUGUAUUUAGUUAAAUCUCCUUGUUAUAUAGGGCGACCCAUUGUUUGUUCAGUUUCUGGGGUUAUCUAUGUGCAUUUUGAUUUUAUUUUCGUCUACCUGGUACUUGCGAGUUGUCUGACUAGGAUGGAAACAGAAAGUGUAAACAGACUUAAUUAUGUUGAUGGUCAUCUUCACUUCAAUAUUUUUUUUUGUUGAACUA